UGCUUCUUCAGACAGUGUAAAGUGAAAUACUGUGGAAACAUUCGAGUGGUUCUUUUUAAUCAUCGUAUGGGUGCUGGGGGAGACAGAUACUGUCACGUUCCCUCUGCGUUAUGCCACGUUGAGAUCGUGCUGCCUUCAGGGACCGCUGCAAGCUGCGUUCACGGACCGCUGCAGACCGCUGGAGAGGACUCGACAAGAAGUUACCCAAGUCCUUUUUUAUCUGUUGUAAUGUUCCAGUUUGUGUGCGCCUGACCCCCUCGGCCCCCGUCAUGCGGGACUGAGGGGCGAAUGGCAUCGUCUGUGUUCCAGGGGACGUCGCUGGUCAACAUGUUUGUCCGGGACUGCUGGGUCAACGGCAUCCGGAGACUCAUCGUCAACCAGCGGGGGGAGGAGGAGGAGUUCUUCGAGAUCAGGACCGAGUGGUCUGACAGGAACAUUCUCUACUUGCACCGGAGUUAUUCCGAUCUGGGCCGGCUGCUGCGGAGGCUUGGAGAGUCCUUCCCUGAGGACAGAGGGGACCUCACCAGGUCUCCACUGACAGAAGGGCUGGUAAAAAUCAAAGAGGCAAAUGACAUUGAAGAGAAACUGAAUGAGGUGGAAAGACUGCUGAAGAAUGCUAUCAACAUGCCAUGCAAGUAUUCCAGGUCAGAGGUGAUGUUGACAUUCUUCGAGCGGUCGCCACUGGACCAGGUGCUGAGGAAUGACAAAGUCCACAGAAUCCAGCCGUGCUUUCAAAGUCCCAUCAAGAUAUCAGAAAUCAUGCGGUCGAAUGGAUUCUGUCUGGCCAAUACAGAAACCAUCGUAUUUGACCACAGCCUCCCUACAGAGAAGGAGCAACCUUCAUCCACACAAUCUAUGGAGCAUACGUAUGAGAAUGGAACAGAGUUUUUGCCGAUGGAAGCAGACAUGUGUGAUGAGGAAACAGAAGUGUAUGUCACCAACCUCUCCUACUACCAUCUGGUCCCGUUUGAAACUGACAUCCUGGAAUGAGGAAUUCACCCCAGUGGACAGUUGAUGUUGGGAUUGUGGAAUGAACUAUGCAAUGCUGCACAUUGCAGCUCAGAGUUAAUGCUGCUGCCAAGUUUAGCAUCCUCAAGGGUUGCUUCAAGUUUUAUAUCUCAUUUUAGAGUCAGGCAGGUGGAUAAUAUGCACCAAAAUAUUGAAGGAAUUCAACAGCCAAACCAUUUAGUUUUACCAUUUUCCGAGACAUCACCAGUGUGCCUCGUCUACAGCCUUACUUAAAUGUAUUUAGACAAAUUGAAAUAAGAUAGAUGCAUUAAGUCUUCAGAGGCGUUCAGGUGAUGUAUCCCACCCUGUGGCAGCCACUGUGGAGAGUCCAAGUCCUCAGCCAUGUUUUGAAACAUCCCGAGCGUCAUUGUCUGAGGUUUGGAGUAUGACUGCAACCAAGGGGUGAGAACCACAUAUCAAAUUAACCUUAUUGGACCAUUCACUGUUACUCUUUUCUGAAUUCACCAGCUCUCUUUUCUUUACAACUGAGUUAUUUUAUUUUCAGUGUUUGACGGUGCACAGCCAAUUCUCCAGACGACUUCCGUAAUAGUGCUGUUCAAGUGUACUAGGUAUCUGUCAUUUAGCUUGGUUUAUUAUCUUUCUUCCAAUUGCCACCAGGAAGUUUUUUGUACCAGCUAAAUACUUUUGUUGUUGCUGUGAUAGGCAGUAGAAACUACCUCUAAGCCAAAUGAAUAGGAAACAAAGAAAUUUAGAUAUCUUAAUUUAAGAUAAAAACAAACUGUUGUGUCUUAAAGUUGCUGAUAAAUUCAGCAAAAAAUUAAUCAGCUUAUGAUAUUGAUUCCUUUUUUUGUAGUUGUAGGUAUGUGCUUCUUUUUGACUUGGUUCCUGGACUACUGUCAAUUUACAGAUCACGAAAGUAUUAUUGUCACUCUUUCCAAAGUGAGAACUUAAUGCUUCCUUUUGGAUGUUGGUGGGAGUAUUUAGACAAAUGUUGUCUUAACAAUACAUUGGAAUGUUUUAUUGUAGUCUAGCAUGUAAUGUUGCUUAUUAUAAAAUAAGUUUGUUAACCAAUAAUGUCAUGUAUUUGAGCAGAGAACGAUAACUGAAUCAUCUCACUGCUGAGGAGUGAUUUCAAAGGGCAGUGGGUAAGUUCUGACCCGUUCUGUUAGAUGACAUGAGUGGGUUGUGCAGCUCGGCCUGCGGAGGGGGAACAAGCCUCUCUUUUACUAGAGAGACAAAUAAUCUUGCUGUACUUUCUAUAGGAAAAGUGACUGAGUUAAAAUUCUCGUCUUUUGAGUGUUUUAUUGUUCCUCACACAAUAGGAAAGGUGUUCUCACUUCUGUUACUGAAGUUGUGGAAAUCAGUGGAGCAUUACAUAGGAUUUGAAUGCAACUAAAAUGUAUUAAAAAAAGUGUUGUCAAUGCGGAAGUCCUUGUGGCCUCACGAUGUAGGCUAACAGCUCGUGGCGAGUUUUCCAAUCUUGGCACACAGGACUUCAACGGGACAGUUCUCUGCAUGAGUCUGCUUUGUAACACAGUCAUGAUCAGUGUUCACCCAGUGGGAAAGCAAAGCUCCUUCUCAGGGUGGGAAACUAAUUCAUGCACCUUUUUUAUGUCUUUUAUCUGAGAACAAUGUCUUGAAUUGAUGACAUCACUUGGACAAAAAUGGACUGUAUUUAUAUAGCACUUUUCUAGUCUUAUUGGCCCCUCGAAGCUCUUAAUAAUACCAGUCACAUUCAUACAGCGCUGCUAUACACAGAGCUUUUUCUAUCACACAUCAUUCAUACACUGCUGGCACAGCUGUCAGGGCCAGUUCGGGGUUAAAGGUCUCUCUCAAGGGGGACGACCAUCUCCACCUCCUGAGCCACACCCGUCACUAGAAGUUUAAAUAUCACAGAAUAUUUAAAAAUUGCCACUCGCCCCUUUUGCAAGCUUAUGCAGUGCAUUAUAAAUAUUCUGCCACAGAAUAUUUCCAUAGGGGCCUAAAAUGGUACUCAGCUGACAGGAAUGAGUAACAGAAUGCUGGUUCUCCAGUCUCAGUAGUUUCAGUGUGGUUUGGCUUUUUCUUUUUGUGGUUUGUUUUAACCAUAUCAAUCUGUGUCAGCCUGGGCUGUGAGGAUUCAGAGGAGGUGAUAAUGACAGAUAAUAUGAAAAUAAUGUAUUUUGUAAACUCCAGUCACAUUCUAUGCAACCAUCCAUUCUGUCUUGUAAUGCUUUGUAUGCUUGUGUUUCUGUGUGUGACGUGAGUGGUUCUGGUGUGUACUGACUGAAGAGGAUUAGAAAACACAGUGUAUGUGGCCAGAUGUUUGACAACUGUAAAUCUAUUGGGACAGUAUUAGAUACAAAUAAUUAUUUUCAAAACUUCACAAGACAAAUAAAUAUGUUUUCAAUAAAAAA